CUCUAUAUAAGGGGAAAGUGGACACAUGAGCAUGCAUGAGAGGAGAAUAAAUAGAUACAUGUACUUAGUACAUAUUGUAUUUAUAUAUUGGAGCUGAAACGCAGACCAGGUAAAAGGCUAUUAUGGAACAAAGUGUGGACGUGGACGAGAUCUGGCGAGCCUUACGGCCCUGGGGUCGCUAUCAGGUCAGACAACUGUGUUUUAUGUGGGCUGCUAUGAUUCCCUGCUCCUUCCAUCUUCUUUCGAUUGUUUUCAUAGGAUAUCGACCAGAUUUCCGGUGUGCCACUACAUCACCUCCAGAUAAUAAAACUUGGAACGCCUCGGCAUUUUACGCAACAUAUGAUAAAUGUUCAGUGACGUUGUCCUCAAACCUGACAAAUUCUUCAAGUACGACGUCUUCUUGUCCCAAUGGUUACAGCUAUAAUGAAUACAAUGACAUAUCAUUUGUAACUGAGUGGGAUCUAGUUUGUGAUGAGUCAACAAAGUGGGACAUCUCGCAGGCCCUUUUGCUCCUAGGACAAGGUUUUGGCGGGCUUCUGUGCACUGGCCUCUCUGAUAAAUUCGGUAGAAAACGGGUCCACAUCAUAUCCCAUAUAUCGCUCCUCCUUCUGUGCAUUGCUACAGCUGUUAUUCCAUCGUAUACAGGACUUGCCGUUCUCAGAUUCCUCACAGGCGCCGCCAUUGAGGGAUUGUUGUUGUCAAGCGUGACGCAGUAUGUAGAGACACUUCCGGAGGAGUGGCGAUUCUGCGCAGAAGUGAUGGGGUUGGUCUGGUGGACCACUGGAAUCGUUCUUUUAACGCCUUUGGCCUACCUUAUGUAUGGGUUUUCCUGGAGAUACCUACAACUUCUGCUGGCCUUACUAUCUCUCUACAGCCUCGUAGAAUAUUGGCUUUUUGAUGAAUCUCUAAGAUGGCUAAUGGCAAAUGGUCAUUUGGAAGAAGCAGAAAAAGUAUUACGAAAGGCUGCUAAAAUGAACAAAAAGAAUUUUGACAAAGUCAUUAGUGAAGCUAAAGCAAAAACAAUAGAAUUAGAAAAUCUGAGUGGCGGCAGAAAGGAAAUAGAAAAGGUAUCGGCGGAUCCAGAAGUUCUUAUUGAAACUUACAAUCCAAGAAAUACAGAGGUGAAGAAAUAUGGCAUGUUUGCUAUUCUUAAAGACCGGGUGAUUCUCAUCAACUCGGCCAUUAUGUGGCUUACAUGGUUGACGAAUAUCUUGACUUACUACGGGUUGAAUCUUAUAUCAACCACUCUGUACGGAAACCGCUUUGUCAUUUUCUUCUUUCUUGGGGCCAUAGAAUAUCUGUCAGCUUUUGCCGAAUUCAUUCUUUUAAACAGAAUUGGUCGCAGAAGAACUCUCUUUCUUCUUCUCUCGACAUCAGGGGUAUCUCUUCUUGUAGCUACAUUGCUGUCCAUGUUUAGAG